CAUAGUCGAUGAGUCGUUUUAGUGCGCCACAACCGUCUGCUAAACCGUAAUGUUAAAAUCAUGUCAGUCUUACAAAAAUGUUUGACUUUUACAGAAUAUACCAGGACGACCAGCCUGUUGUUGCGGUGUUUUUACGGCCGUUCUGCGGUGUCUAGAUUCUGUUCUGUCCUUCACUGUCUGACAGCCACAACCAGGACCGGGCAGCUCUCCUCGCAGGACCAAAGGAUCUUUCAUCAUUUGUUGCCUGUUGACAGAUGUGAAGCUCGUCUGAGCGGUUACAAAGCAUUUUCAACCUCACUGGCUACCAGAGAAGACGCUAUUGGGAAAAUCCAGUCAACUCACUAUCAACUAAUCUACACAUGCAAAGUUUGCUCCACCAGAUCCAUGCAGAAGAUCUCUAAGUUGGCUUACCACAAAGGUGUAGUGAUAGUGACAUGUCCAGGUUGUGAGAAUCACCAUAUCAUUGCUGAUAACCUGAAAUGGUUUUCAGACCUAGAGGGGAAGAGAAACAUUGAGGAAAUCCUCGCUGCCAAAGGAGAGACAGUGAAGAGAGUUGAAGGAAGUAAUGCUUUGGAGAUAAUGAUUGAUGAAUCCAACAAAGACAAGUUACAGUGUGGUGACGACACAGAAAAGUCAGACAAUGACCCAGUGAAACAAUAGUUAUGUGUUUCCUGUGUAUAUUAACUAUGUAAGAUGUUUAUAUUUUAUUUGUUAAUGAAUACAAAUCUUUUCAUAC